CUGGUUACUCUGCAUAAUACCUUGAGCCAACAUAACGUCAGCAUCCUCUACCUGUCGGAUUACUGUUAUAAGUGUCUUUAUCAGGUUCUCAUGCAUGCAGAGACUCAAGAAGGAGACAAUCCCACUAAUUCUAGUGCCAUUGUGAGUGUCCUGUUCCCCUUGACCUUCCAGAUUGUUGUUGGAGAUGAGCAGAACUACUCAGUCAUCUGCAGUCAUUAUGAUUCAUAUGGAGAGUUUGGUCAUUACUCAAUCUGGGUUCACAGUGCUUCAAGCAAAGAGUUAAUAAGCAAUCUCUCAUGUAGCUACACCACAGACCAAGCACCUGUCAACAGCUACAUACCUAUUGCUGUUGCAGUUACUGUCAUCAUUGGACUGAUUUCUAUUUAUGUAGCAGGAUGUUACAUGUACAGGAUGAAGUGCACCCAGAGGUCUGUGCAGCAACUCCUUGGGUCACCAGCUGAUAGCACCAGCACAGAACUUGCACCUGUAAAUAAUGCUGAUGUCUCAGCCAAGGCUACAAAUCCCAAAUCUCGACGAUUACGUUCUCUUGACGCCUUUCGUGGUUUGGCACUAACAAUCAUGGUCUUUGUCAACUACGGAGGAGGCAGCUAUUGGUUCUUUGAACAUGCCCCAUGGAAUGGAUUGACUGUAGCUGACCUUGUGAUGCCUUGGUUUGUUUUCAUCAUUGGUACAUCUGUAGCCCUGUCCUUCAGCGCUAUGCUCCGACGAGGUAUCCCUCGACUGCAGUUGCUGCGAAAGCUGACGUGGAGAACCAUUAUUCUGCUACUGAUUGGAGCUUUCUUCAUCAACUAUGGCCCAGCUGAUGGACCCCUGUCAUGGGAAAGGGCUAGAAUCCCUGGAGUUCUGCAACGUCUUGGCUUCACGUAUUUUGUCGUUGCCCUGAUGGAGACUUGUUUUGCUAGAAAGGAUUUAAAACAGUACGCGGACUGUAUUUGGGCGCCAGUUAGGGAAAUUCUCAUCUAUUGGCCCGAGUGGAUAUGUAUCAUCAUACUGGAAAUAUUGUGGCUAUGUCUCACCUUUCUCCUACCUGUCCCAGGAUGUCCCACGGGCUACCUUGGAGCUGGAGGUAUAGGAGAUGAUGGAAAAUUCUCAAAUUGUACUGGAGGGGCUGCAGGCUACAUAGACAAACGGCUUCUGGGAACAAAUCACAUCUACAAUUGGCCCACCUGCAAGAAGCUGUAUCAUACUACUGAGCCUUUCGAUCCAGAAGGAGUCCUGGGAACAAUCAAUUCCAUUGUAAUGGCCUUUAUUGGAUUACAGGCUGGAAAGAUUAUGCUUAUAUAUCGGCCGAACAAUUUCAGCAUCCUCAAGCGGUUUCUGAUCUGGGCCACUUUAUUGGGAAUAAUAUCAGCGGUCCUAACAAAAUGCAGCAGGGAGGAAGGAUUCAUCCCUGUCAAUAAAAAUCUUUGGUCCCUGUCAUUCAUCACCACAACAGGCUGCUUCUCUUUCACCCUGCUGAGUUUGAUGUACUAUGUUAUCGACAUGAAGGAGUGGUGGGAUGGAGAGCCAUUCAUUUUCCCUGGAAUGAAUUCAAUCUUCGUUUAUGUUGGACAUUCUAUACUGGGUGGAUACUUCCCUUUCAGCUGGGAAAUGAAGUACGAGAAUACACAUGCUGAGCGCCUGCUCCAGGAUCUAGUGGGCACUGCUGUUUGGGUUUUCAUUGCAUAUCUGCUGUAUAGAAAGAGAUUCUUCUUAAAGAUAUAAUUAGACUGGAAUAAAUGU